AGGGCCAAUUCAAUUCCGAGCCCACUAGUGGUCUUCGAGAUUGAAAUUUGGUUUCAAUGGCAUUAUUUGCUGUACCUUCGCUGGAACAAAUAUCCUCUCAAACCAACGCGUUCGAUGGCCAUCUGAUAUACCAGCUAUAGACAGCGAUGGAAUCCAACACUAAGUCGGAGAUUGGUGCGCCUGGAGAACGCAAACGUCGACAUCACCAAAGAUCCAGGAAUGGUUGCGUAUCGUGCAAAUCGUCACAUAUGAGAUGUGAUGAAGGCAAACCAAUCUGUCGAAACUGCUUGAAAUAUGGGAGGAGUUGCGGUUACACUCGAGGUCGAGGUCUUGCUUCGGAUCAACCUCUCGUAAAAGCUUCGAAUGAAGCGCCUGAGUCACUCUUUUCCCCGCAUCUGAAUCAGCGACCGAAUUCUCUGCUUGAUACCCCGUUAGCCUUGAACUUGACGACAGCAUAUCCUGGAAAGACCCCAAUGCUCGUAUCACGGUCGCCCCUGAUGAGUGCUAUCGGUGUUGGAAUGUUGGAUCCUUUUAAUGGGUUCCCAAUUCCAUUGUCUGCGAAUUCGAACUUAUUACUUGACCAUUGUGAGUUCAAACACUUCUUCGCCCAAUCUCAAUACGUUGAGCUUGACUUCAAAGACGCCUCAGCUGCAGUGUGCAGAAUAUUCCCCAAUAAUUGGACAACAUCUGGACAAGAAGCUAUUGUUGCUGAAUCCUGUCUGUAGUCAACAACUAUCGAAUCCUGCUCCAAGCGCCAGUAAGGAAAGCCCCAGGUGGUGACAUGUUUGCAUGGGCAGUCUCAGAUGCA